UUAGUACCGCUAGAGGGAAUAGAUUUGGACAUAUGAAAUAGUGGUGCGUCUUCUUUUUCCAAAUCUCAUUGUCAAUUCGUCAGUCAUAUUUGAUUCAUUUCAAAUGAUGCCAAGACUUAACCUAUAAAUAAUAGAAAAAUUAAUUAAUUAUAAACAUUUUAAAAAGCAAGUGUAUAAUUUUAUUAUAUCAAUGGAAACGGUGCCGAAAGAUUUACGUGGUCUAAGAGCAUGUUUAGUAUGCUCGUUGAUUAAGACUUUCGAUCAGUUCGAAUUUGAUGGCUGUGACAAUUGUGAUGAAUUUUUACGUAUGAAAAAUAACAAAGACAAUGUCUUUGAUUGUACGAGUUCUAAUUUUGAUGGCAUGAUUGCAGCAAUGAGUCCAGAAGAUAGUUGGGUAUGCAAAUGGCAAAGAAUUAAUCGUUUUUGUAAAGGAGUUUAUGCGAUAUCGGUAUCGGGUCGCCUUCCAGCAGGUGUUAUAAGAGAAAUGAAAAGUAGAGGUAUAGUUUAUAGACCAAGAGAUACAAGUCAGAGAUAAAUAUAUAUUCCAAUAAUAAA